GUGACACAAGGAUGUUUACUUUGAUUGGGACUGUGGAAGAGAAAGGUUUGACCUUUCUCCCCGUACAAUACUUUUGGCUUCCAUUUUUCCGGGAAAGUGUGAAAGCGGAGAUUUUUUUUUUUUUCUCUGACAAUGGAACGCAUCCAGAAGUCCACCUACAGUGUGAAUGUAGCGUUUCGGAUUCUCCCCUUUUCUUUUUCUUCGCUUUGCUCGUUCAUGGUCAACUCCAAUGCCUUUCUUCGUUUUCUCCUUUCUGGGUUUCUGCUCAGAAACAUGACCUUACCACGGAAAAAACUCCAGAGUUUGUAAUGAUGAGUCUUCUGUGAUGAUGUUCUAGGGUUUUUGCUUUUCUAGGUUUUGAGAGAGAGAUAGUGUAUUUUCUCUUCUCUCCUUCCCUUAAAUGGGUUUUGUGGGGUUUGGAGGAAGUGGCUGAAUCUGGGCAGUGAUGAUGAGCUCAAAGGGAGGAUGACUGAAAGCGUGUAGAGAGAGUGGAAGAGGGAAGUUGGAGAGAGAAAGGGUUUUCCUAUUUUUAGUCAGUUUUGGUGGAUUCAUCGGUAUUGGUGGUGCAAGAGUGGUGGAUGAUACUCUUUCACGGGCAUGACCACGGCCACCACCAUCUCUCAGGCACCUCUCAAGCCUGUGUUUAGCUCUACAUGCUUCAUCUCCCUCUCUCUCUAAAAUUUCUGGACAAGGGUCCUGUUUGAAAAGCGGAGUAACAUGGAGGAUCAACAUGAAAGGGUUCCAGUGGAUGGAAGAGUUUUAGUGGAGGAAAAGGUUCCAGUGGAGCAACUGGUUCCAGUGAAAAGGGUUCCUGUGGAGGAAAGGUUUCAUUUAGAAGAAAGGGUUCCAGUGGAGGAAAGAGUUCCGGUGGAGGGAAGGAUUCCAGUGGAAGAAAAUUUCGAUCCAAGUGUUAUGGGGAGGAUCAAUGAAGAUGGGUAUGAGAGCAUGUCUGGAAGUGGGAACUUAGAUGGUGGAUUGGAGGACGAGCAAGAAACCUUGGUACUUGAGAGGCCGGCCAAGAAACUGAAGUACCAUCGACAUACUCAAGAGCAAAUUAAUGAGCUUGAAACUUGCUUCAAGGAAUGGCCUCAUCCUGACGAGAAACAAAGGUUGGACCUCAGUAGGAAGCUCAACUUGGAGCCUAGACAAGUGAAGUUCUGGUUUCAGAACCGGCGAACCCAGAUGAAGAACCAGUUGGAGCGCCAUGAGAAUGUAAUGCUUAGACAAGAAAAUGACAAGCUUCGGGUUGAGAAUGUUGCAAUUAAGGAUGCUGUGAGGAACCCAAUAUGCAACCACUGUGGUGGUGUGGCAAUGCUUGGCAACAUAACUAUUGAAGAGAAUCAACUAAGGGUUGAGAAUGCCCAGUUAAGGGAUGAACUAAGUCGGAUCUGUGGCCUAGCAGAGAAGUUCUUGGGCAGGCCUGUCACACCUUUGGCGAGUCCCAUUGCUCUACCAAGACCAAGCUCAAAUUUGGAACUUGAGGUAGCGGGAAAUGGGUUUGGUGGUUUAAGCUCGGGGGGCACUCCCUUACCAAUGGGGCCUCUUACUAGGCCAGGCAUGAUGGGUGUCGAAAAGCCCUUUAACAGCUCUGUGUUUGUGGAGCUUGCAGUGACUGCUAUGGAUGAAUUGCUUCGGUUGGCUCAGGCUGAUAGUCCCAUUUGGAUGACAAGCUUGGAUGGAGGAAAGGAAACAUUGAACCCUGUAGAGUACAUGAGGACAUUUUCUCCUUGUAUUGGCCUGAAGCCUUCUGGCUUUGUAACUGAGGCUUCAAGAGAGACUGGUAUAGUAAUGAUCAACAGUUUAGCUCUUGUAGAGACAUUGAUGGACGGGAGUCGAUGGGCACAAAUGUUCCCAUGUGUGAUUGCUAAAGCUUCUACAACUGAUGUGCUAUCAAGUGGUAUUGGAAGAACUAGGCAUGGUGCUCUGCAACUGAUGCAUGCUGAGUUCCAAGUUCUUUCACCAUUGGUACCGGUCCGGCAAGUGAAGUUUCUCCGGUUUUGCAAGCAACAUGGGGAAGGAUUAUGGGCUGUGGUUGAUGUGUCCAUUGACACUGCUCUAGAUGGUGCGAGCAUAAAUUCAUUUGUUAACUGCCGACGACUUCCUUCUGGCUGUGUCAUGCAAGAUCUUUCAAAUGGUUACACUAGGGUUACCUGGAUAGAACAUUCAGAAUAUGAUGAGAGUGCCGUCCACUAUCUCUACCGAUCCUUACUGAGCUCUGGAUUGGGGUUUGGCGCACUGAGAUGGCUUGCCACCUUACAGAGGCAGUGUGAGAGCAUUGCAAUCCUUUUGUCAUCAACCGUCCCCUGCGAAGAUCAUCCAGUGCUGACACAAGCUGGUAGGAGAAGUCUGCUACAACUGACAAACCGAAUGAGGGAUAACUUCUGUGCUGGGGUUUGUGCUUCAACUGUUCGGAUGUGGAACAAGCUCCAUGUUGCUAGUCUUGGGGAGGAUGUCAAGGUCAUGACCCGGAAAAGUAUGAAUAUUCCUGGUGAGCCUCCUGGAGUCAUCUUGAGUGCUGCAACCUCUGUAUGGAUGCCUAUAAUGCAUCAACAGUUAUUUAGCUUCUUGAGAGAUGAGAGACAGAGGAGCAAGUGGGACAUUUUAUCCAAUGGUGGGCCAAUGCAAGAGAUGAUUCAUAUUCCAAAGGGCCAAACAAGUAGCAACUGUGUUUCUCUUCUUCGCCCUAAUGCUAGAAACCAGAAUGACAACACAAUGCUGAUACUGCAAGAGACAUGGGCCGAUGCAUCGGGCUCACUUAUAGUCUACGCUCCUCUUGAUGUAGCAUCAAUGCGUGCGGUGAUGACUGGUGGGGAUUCAAGCUUCGUGGCUCUCUUGCCAUCAGGAUUUGCAAUUGUUCCAGAUGGUUCUUCUGGUUAUGGAGAUGAUUGGAGUGGGAAACUGGCCAGAGGUAGCAGCAACAAAGGCUCAGGGUCACUACUGACAGUUGCGUUCCAGAUAUUGGUGAACAGCCUUCCAAUGGCCAAACUCAAUGUGGAGUCGGUUGAGACCGUGAACAGUCUUCUGUCCUGCACAAUCAACAAGAUCAAAUCUGCAGUUUCUUCAGCAUAAGCAGUAGGGUAACUCCACUGCUUAGUGGUAUCUCAUAUUUUAUCUGACUAUCUGAGAAUGGGAAUCUGUUCCCAAGUCUUGGAGGAGGUGAUGACAAGAUUUUACAUGUGCUCUUUCAUGUGAGAUAAUGUACCAUGAAUAGAUUGAUUUCCUUGUUUUUGGAUAUUUAAUGACUAUUUCAUUGUUUGUUUUACCAUUAA